UUUCACUCUUUGGCGAUGGCUACAUAACGAUGCCCCUGCAGGAGGCCAAAAUGUCCACAAACAUUCGCGUCAAAUUUCGUACACAACAAGAGAAUGCAUUUCUCUUUCUCGCCGCCGGACGCACCGAUUACUGCCUCAUGCGGCUAGAAGGCGCCGCCAUUACAUUUACCUAUAAAAUUGAUCGCGAAGUCAUACAGCUCCGUUCGCCAAAGAAGCAGCAUCUGAACGAUUUAGAGUGGCACGAUGUCGCCGUGCAACGUUACGAAAAUAAUAUAACGCUGCAGGUGGAUGGCAAUAUAGUGCGCAAGACGCUGCCGGCCGAAAUGACGGCGUUGAAUGUACACUUUGGCACAUUCCUCGGCGGUGUGGGCGACUUUCCCGCUGAGUAUUUGACAGAUGUGGUGGGCUUUCGCGGCUGCAUAUCAGAUGUAUUUUACAACAACAUCAAUAUCAUAAAACGCGCCAAGGAGCGCACAGGCCACACAACCAGCAUUGGUGUGACUUGGUCGUGCAGUAAUGAAUUCGAUGGCAACAUCAAGGAUGCGAUUAGCUUUCUCAAUGAAGACUCAUUUGCGUUGAUGUCAAAAGAGUCUAACGCAGCGGGCGAAUCCCUGGCAAUGCAGUUUCGCACCAUGGAAGAGGCUGGCGUGCUCUUCUUUAAUGGUGGCUACGAUUUUGUGCUUUUGGAAAUCGAAGAAGAAGCUGUCAAGCUGACCUUUAACAAGGCAGGCAGUCUCGUGCAACUCUCGCCCAAUCAAAGUGUUGCGGAUGGCAAGUGGCAUCGCAUCGUGCUGCGCUAUAAUGCCGCUAUGGCUGAGCUGAUACUCGACGAUGUCGCCUACAGCGGCACGCAUGGCAAUGACACCAAAGCCACCAUCAACUUGGAGAAGAGCAUCUUCUUUGGUGGUGUGCAGGAGGAUAUGCGCAGGCGUCUGCUAAAUAAGGGAUUGCUUGUGAACGAUCUCAGCUUCAAAGGCUGCAUGCGUGGUCUGCAGGUGAAUAAUCAAGACUUGGGCUUUCCACAAAUGAAGGUCUCACAUCAUCUGUCCGUUAAUUGUGUUUGGAAAUAUCCUUGCGUAGAGCAUAAGCCAUGCUUGAAGAGCGGCAUCUGCAAUCAGUAUGGCGUGGACGAAUUCAUCUGCUAUUGCGAUCAGUCGUAUUGCAUUAAGGCCGACUAUCAAGGUCCAUUUAAGAUCUUCACCGAAACGAGUCCGGAGUUGGAGUUGCUCUACGUUUCACCCAUGCAACUGCUCGAAGGCGGCAUCGUAUUCUUGUCGCCACAUUUCAUUGACGUGCUUAUUGAUAUGCGUAAAUAUCCCAGCCUCACCGAUACUUCCAUUGUGUUCCACGUCGUUCAGCAGCCCAAAUAUGGCCAACUGCUGCAAUUCUCAGUGGAGAAAAAUAAUUUUGUGCAGUGUCGCACAUUUAGCCUCGUUGAUCUCUCCACAGACAAAGUGAAAUAUGCGCACAAUGGCAUGGAGAACUUCAACGAUCAUGCCACUCUAGAUAUGCAGGUGUAUGGUGACAUACACAAGGUGCCAGAGAAUAUUCUCGGCAAACAUCGCUUUCUCUUGCACGCCAACGUAACGCCCAUAAAUGAUCCGCCACAGCUACAGAUACCGAUCAACAAGAUUUUGCGCGUCAUCGAAGGCAUCGAGCGUGUACUGGAUGUGGAUUUGUUCAAUAUUGAUGACCCCGAUAGCCCGACGAGCGCUUUAAUCUAUACAAUACUGCCUUCCACGAAUCCCGCCGAAGCCUUUGGCCGUUUCCUUGUCAAUGGCAUAGGCACUAUGACUUUCUCGCAAGCGGAUGUCAAUUUGGGCAAAGUAGGCUUUCUUUACAACUCAACAACCACUGAGGCCUUUAGCUACCAAAUAUUGUUGCAUGUCUCAGAUGGCAUCGAAACGAGCGAUACUGUUUACCUGCCUGUAUCGGUGCAUCCACUGGAACUGCGUUUGGUCAACAACACGGGCUUAAUUAUGAUACACAAGUCAGCUUUGCCCAUCACUCCGGCGAAUCUCUCGGUUGGCACAAAUACGGCAGAUGAAAAUAUCGAUAUUCGGUAUGAGAUUGUCAAGCCUCCUCAAUAUGGCGCUAUACAAAGGCUGCGACAAGUCGAUUCUUCUUGGGUGAAUGUCGAUUGGUUUAGUGAUAGUCAAAUGCUGCUUGGGCAUAUUCGAUAUGUGCAUGCUAUCGAAUUUCCAUGGCAGGAUGAGUUUAAGUUCAUUGCAUCCUAUGGCUUUGUAACUACACAAACAUUCGACUUUCGCAUUACCUUUACGCGCCUGCGCAUCAAUUCUGCCAAACCAUCAGCCAUUGCAGUCAACGGCACACGUGAGUUCGUGUUCACCAGUGAUUUGCUGACCUAUGAGACGGUACCGAUCGAUACGUUUCCACGAAAUAUUAUUUACAAAAUCUUAAAGCCAACAAAAUAUGGUGCCAUUUACGUUGAAGGUUCCCGCAAAUUUGCAAAAGAAAUGGACUCUUUCACACAGCUAGAUAUUGAUAAAAAUCGCAUACGCUACAAAACUCAUCUCACCAGCUAUUCCAGUUUUAUCGAUUACCUGGAGUUCGUUGUUUCCGUUGCGGAGUGUGAUGAUGUUGUGGGCCGACUGAAGAUACUAUUCACACCACUCGAGGCGAACACAGAUAAACUUACCUAUCAGAAACGUGACAUGUUGCACGUACAAGAAGGUGAGCGCGCCCUCAUUACCAAGAAUCACUUCGAAAUACGCUUCAACCUUUACGAGAGUCUGCAAUUCACGGUAACGGAAGCGCCCAAACAUGGCACACUCUGUCGCUACGAUGAGCAGGCGGCUAAAGUUAUACCAAUAACCGAAUUCACAUUGGAGCAGCUCUUCCUAAAUGAUGUCUACUAUUGUCACGAUGACACCGAGUCCACAGAGGACUCUUUUGAUCUGCUCAUACUCUCCGCAGAUGGUACGGACUUGCAAUUUGUCGCUGCCAUUGAUGUGCGCAUCAAAUUGAUCAAUGAUAAUGCACCCUACCGCACGGCGGAGCGCAUCUUCCAUGUGGUGCGCGGUGGCUAUCGCACGCUCAGUCCGGAUGUGCUGCAGUUCUUGGAUGCCGAUGUGAAUACAAAUCACACGGAUAUACUCUUCAUACACGUUUCGAGCACAAAUGGCGCUUUCUACAAGUCGGGUAGCUUCAUUGAUUCAUUUAGUCAGGACGAUAUCAAUAAUAGGCGCAUAGCUUUCCAACACAAUGGCCCUGAUGCGGGCACAGCCUCAUUUAUAAUAACCGAUCGUCAGCAUGAAGUGAAUGGCUUGCUGGAGAUACUCGCCUCUGAUCCUUUCGUUUCAAUGCUGCCAACAAAUGCGUCGGUCGUACAGGAGGGAAAAUUUGUGAUCCUGCGUAAUAAAGACUUUGUUUUGGAGACAAAUUUGGACAUGAAACUAGAUGAGAUCUACUAUGAGGUGAUUAAGCCGCCAGCGUAUGGCAUUCUCAUGUAUUUGGGUAGAUCGAAAAGUACCAAUGGCAAUGAUACCACAUCAGCGCAGAGUAAAGCAACAAAUCUGACGGAAAUCGCGUCCAUGGACAAAGUGCGCUAUCGCGUCCAUAUCAAGAAUAUAUCCGCUGAGGGCGAGGUGAUUAUGCGCAUUUAUCCUUCCGCCUACUGGGAACCGCUGCAGGUGAAGAAGAAUCAAACGCUUUAUGUGGAAGAGUCUACGAGUGUACUUAUCUCACGCGACGUGCUGGAGGUCGUUCAUCCCAACAUUUCACCAGGGGAUAUCACAUUUCUUGUUACCUCUUCGCCCUUGCAUGGCUAUUUGGAGAUGCAAUCCAUGUCUUUCGAUGACGAAUACAAUUGUAAGGUUUUCGAUCAGUCGGCUAUAAAUACAGAGAAAAUGUUCUACAUACAAGCGGGUGUUAAUCAAUCGAUGGACUAUUUUGUCUUUGACGUUACCAACGGUAUUACGUGGCUGCGAAAUUUGAUGCUGAAGAUAGUCAUUAUUCCGGAGAAGCUGUAUAUGCACACGAAUGUGGUGUCUGUAGUUGAAGGUGAGUAA